AUGACUGAAGAUAUUCACCAAAAGAUCGAAUUACUCAACUACUGUGUUAACAUUCUUAAAGUCCAAGACACAAAUUCGAACAUAUCUCUAGAAGAUGCUAACCAUAUUCUCUGUGAUUUCCAAAAAGAUCCAGAAUCAUACUUAAUUACCGAAAAUAUAUUCAACAGUGAUUCAGAUAUCAUGGUCAAGUUUACAGUACUUCAAAAUCUUGAAUCCUGUGCCGAAAGAAGAUGGAAUUUAGUGGAGCAAGAUAUCAAGGAGAAUAUAAUUAAUUACUUACUUGAGCUUGUCUUCAGUCCAGAAAACGAAAUGCCCAAUCAGCUGAUCAACAAAAUCUAUGACAUUUUCAAUGAAAUUUUAAUCCAAGAUUACAAUGCAAGCCAGAGCUCAUUCUUCAUCAGGGUCAGACAAACCAUAAGUCAAGAAGAGCCCCGCAACCCGAAACACCUCGAAAAAUACUUUAAUUUGAUUGGUAGUUUUAUGUUAUUUUUAUCAAUCAAAAUGGGCGAAGAAAACAACAGUUAUCUUUAUCGUAGAUUCUCUUACAACCACUUUAACAACCUUUCCAAGCAAUUUUACAACAGUGAUUAUGAUAAUGUCCAAGAAGACAUCACUGAUGCAUUAGACCCAGCGGGAAAUGACGAUGAAGUCAUAAACUCUGCUCUAAAUUGCUGUUGCAGCAUCAUUAAAUGCAAUAGUUUCGUAUCCCAAAAAUUAUAUCAAAAUGAAUUCAUCGAAAAAGUCAAAGAGAGCUUCAUGAGUCGUCCAAAGCUUGCUGCAACCUCCAUAUCAAUUGUCAAUGAGAUUUUUGCCAAAAUUGUUUUGCCAGAUUACGCGAAUCCUUUAAAAUUCACUAGUGAUGUUUUAGAAAUGUUACUUUCAAAAUGCAACACAAUCCAACUUUCAGAAAAUUCCAAUUGCUGGCCCAGUUUCAUUGAUUUACUUUCAAAACUAUUAGAUUUAUAUGGAAUCUACAUCAUAAAUGGUGAUCAAUUCAACUUUGUUUUUGAUGUUGCAUUAGGUAUCACGGAGAAAGCAAAUACAGACAUAUUAAUUGAAUCAUGUGAAGCAUUGUUAUAUGAAUAUUUAAUACAAGCGAACAACCAAGUAACACAAGAAGAUUUUGAUACAUGUUUUAUUCCAAGAAUUGCAACAAUAUUAGUUGAUAAAAUGCCUGCUCCUUUAGUCAUUGAACCUUUCAUUGAUUUGUAUAAUAAUGAAGAAAAAAGAGUUGUCAAAAAUGAAGAUUUCGAAUCAAUGAGGAAAUGUAUCUCAGCAAUAGAUGUUUUCUUUAGCCAAUUAGUAAUAGAUGUCAUUAAAGCAAAGAAGCCAAAAUUAGAAACAAUUGAUGAUAUCGAACAUUUUUGUUGGGCAGUUUCAACAGUUUCUAAUAAAGAAGCAUUAGUUCCUGGCAAAGCUUAUCCUUUCUUAGAAGAAAUCUUCCGAUAUUUGAUGUAUGAAAUCAAUGGAAUAACAAAUGAAAGACAAGGAGAAUAUGAUGAAACAGCAGAAAGAUUAGGAAUUUGUUUUAGUGUUGUUGUUAUGUAUUCUUUUGAAUUUAUUGGAGAUAAUAAUGAAUUAUUUGCAAAUGUUUUUGAAGCAUUGUUUGAUUUGUUGAAUUUUGGAUGGGAGAAAUUGUUGUUGUUUGUGAUAAAUACUUUGUUAUUUAUCAGUAUUGCAAACACAAGUAUUUUCUCACAACCAAAUGAAUCAUGGGAAAAUAAAACAGCAAUUGACAUCCUUCUCGACAAAUUAAAUGAAACAAUAACAUUGGAAAACUACAAAGACGAACUAAAACUCUUUGUUCAUUGUCUUUGCAGAUCAAUCAAUUCAAUAAAAGACACUGAAUAUGGAAGACGCUGCAUCGAAGCAUUGAAACAAAUCAUUUUUAAAAGAGUUGAAUUUUGUAUGAUUAAUUUCAACAAGGAAUCAAUUCCGACAUGGAAAUACUUCACAAAUACUUUGUCUAUAAUGAAUUCUUAUGUUGAAACAUUCAGUUCUCAAUAUAUUGAUAUUUUUAGAACAAUUAAUUUGGGAGAAUUCAUGAAUAGUUUCAAAGAUAUUUAUGCAUCUUCAGGGGAUUUGUUAGUGAGAGAAUUAUGUCGUAAUUGCAGAGCAUCAAUCAUGCUGCAUUUGCAUAAAUUCAUUUCUUAUCUUGAUGAUCCAAAAACAACAAUUAUGCCUGUUUUGGAAAGAGAUUUCAUCUACGUAAUAAUGACUGAUUAUUCUCAAUCUGAUCCUGAUUUGUGUCUUCCUCAAACACUGACAUUUUUAGCGACAUUGAUUGCGAGAAUGGAUGAUGAAUUACAGGAUAUGAUUAAUGAUAUAAUGGAUCGUGUUUUCGAAAAAACAACAGUGAUAAUAGAAAGUGAUGAUCAGUACAAAUAUCCUGAUUUAAGUGAAGAAUUCUAUUCUUUCCUUGAUAGAUUGAUUAAUUCAAUGCCAAAAUACGUUUUGUCAUUGGAAUUCGAUCAAUUGAUUAAAAUAUACGAGAUAUUAAGAUUUGGUUGUAACUCGUCUCUCCAGGAACAAUCAAUUAAUUGUCUACAAUACAUAAGAAAUUUCGCAAAUCUUAUGGAAACAGCGCAAUCAGAUAACCAAGAAAUAUACAUGGCUUACAAACAAAGCAUUUGUGUUGAUCUAGGAAAAUUAGGUUUCAAACUGUUGAUUGACGGAUUGCAUAAAUUCGCUAUUGAAGAAAUAGGAAAACUAGUUUUGUUGGUGUUCAAGAGUAAUAAUUCUGAGGAAUUCAUGAACCAGUUCAGUUCAUCUCUUGAAAACGACGCAACUCCUGAUCUAAUCGAUAUUGUUAUUGGUACUGUGAAACAGAUACUUAAUACUAAUGCAGAUGAAAAGAAUAUUGAAGAAAUCCUGAGAGAUUUCAUCAUGAAAGCUGUUCAGGAAACAUCUGAUAAUGAGGAAACAGUCAGAGAAAGAAUGAAGAAGAAUGUUGAAUCAAUUAAUGAACUCCUCAAAAAAUCAAACAAGCGUCAGACGUCUACUGUUGAUGAGGUAAUCAAAAACAGAGAAUUACCAAAGGACUCUGAACUUAAUGAUCUCUUUAAUAGCCUCAAGAAUAACUUGAAGUUCUAA